AUGAGUUCCAACCCGUCUCAAUCCUGUUGCUACCAAGGGUUCAAACACGAUGGAAAACCACGAGGCACCAUUACAACCGUCGAAGAGUUUGAGGUCUAUACCAGCUACCCUCCCAGCAAGUCAACCGAGCAUGGGAUCUUGAUACUCACCGACAUUAUUGGCCACCGGCUCAUAAAUGCCCAACUCGUCGCUGACCAGUUUGCGAUGCAUGGGUAUUUUGUUAUGAUGCCAGACCUCUUUCAUGGUGACCCUGUGCCAUUGAACAAACCGGGCGAAUUCAAUAUGCAGAGGUGGAGAACAGGAGGAUACCAUCCCGAAGGAAAAACUCACCUGCCCAUGGACGUCGAUCCUGUUGUUGAGUCUUGCAUUAGAGAGAUGCAAACAAAAUUUAAAUGCAAGAAACUCGGAGCUGUGGGGUACUGUUUUGGUGGCAAAUAUGUCGUUCGACACUUAUUUCCAGGAAAGUUUGAUGCUGGGUACACUGCACACCCGUCUCACGUUGAGGCAGAUGAAUUGAAAAAGAUCGGUGGCCCUCUGGCCAUUUCUGCCGCCGAAACUGACGCAAUCUUUCCCCCGGAAAAGUGCCAGGAGACGGAGGCCAUCUUGAAGGCAUUAAAAUUCCCCUGGCAAAUAAACCUGUACAGUGGCGUCAAGCAUGGAUUUGCAGUACGAGGCAAUCCCGAGAUACCGGCGGAGAGAUAUGCGAUGCAUAGCGCAUUCGUGCAGGCACUUGAGUGGUUUAAGGAGCAUCUA